AUGUCUGGUUUUCGUCUAAUUGAUAUCGUUAAGCCUAUCCUACCGAUUUUACCGGAAGUCGAAUUACCCUUUGAAAAAUUACCAUUCGAUGACAAGAUUGUUUAUACCAUUUUUGCUGGUUUAAUUUACCUUUUUGCACAAUUCCCGCUCGUUGGUUUGUCCAAGACCGCCACACCCAACGUUAAUGACCCCAUUUAUUUCUUAAGAGGUGUAUUUGGUUGCGAACCAAGAACAUUGUUGGAGUUUGGCCUUUUCCCCAAUAUUUCCAGUGGGUUAAUCCUACAAUUAUUGGCUGGUUUGAAAGUAAUUAAAGUCAAUUUCAAGGUCCAAAGUGAUAGAGAACUAUUUCAGACUUUAACGAAAGUUUUUGCGAUUGUUCAGUAUGUUAUUUUGACCAACAUUUUCAUAUUUGCUGGCUAUUUUGGUGAAAAUUUAUCUGUGGUCCAGAUUGGGUUGAUCAACUUUCAAUUGGUCGGUGCUGGCUUGUUCACCACCCUGUUGGCUGAAGUCAUCGAUAAAGGAUUUGGGUUUUCCUCUGGAGCUAUGAUAAUCAAUACCGUAGUUAUUGCCACCAACUUGGUAGCUGAUACCUUUGGUGUCUCUCAAAUUAAAGUUGGCGAAAACGAUCAGACCGAAGCCCAAGGUGCCCUAAUCAAUUUGAUUCAAGGUUUAAGAUCAAAGCACAAGACUUUUAUUGGUGGUAUCAUUUCUGCGUUCAACAGAGACUAUUUGCCAAAUUUGACAACUACUAUUAUUGUUUUGGCUAUUGCCAUUAUUGUGUGUUAUUUGCAAAGUGUUCGUGUUGAAUUACCAAUCAGAUCAACAAGGGCUCGUGGUACAAACAAUGUUUACCCAAUCAAGCUGUUAUACACUGGCUGUUUGUCUGUUUUGUUUUCUUACACCAUCUUAUUCUACAUCCAUAUUUCUGCUUUCGUUUUAAUUCAAUUAGUGGCCAAGAAUGAUCCAACUCACAUUAUCUGCAAAAUAAUGGGUCACUAUGAGAAUGCUAAUAAUCUUUUAGCGGUUCCAACCUUCCCAUUAUCUCUUUUGACUCCACCAACUUCUUUCUUCAAAGGUAUCACCCAACAACCUCUGACGUUCAUCACCUAUUCGGCUUUUAUAAUGAUUACUGGUAUCUGGUUUGCCGAUAAAUGGCAAGCUAUUUCUGGUUCAUCUGCUCGUGAUGUAGCCUUAGAGUUCAAAGACCAAGGUAUCACUUUGAUGGGACGUAGAGAGCAAAAUGUCGCUAAAGAAUUAAACAAAGUUAUUCCGAUCGCUGCUGUAACGGGUGCAUCCGUUUUAAGUUUCAUCACUAUUAUCGGUGAAUCUUUGGGUUUGAAAGGCAAAGCUGCAGGUAUAGUUGUUGGCAUUGCCGGAGGUUUUUCUCUAUUAGAAAUCAUUACCAUUGAAUAUCAACAAAGUGGUGGCCAAAGUGCUUUGAAUCAAGUCUUGGGUGUUCCAGGUGCUAUGUAA